UAAAUCCGCGCGAGGCGUCGCCAUCCCGGAUUCUACACGCUACGUGACGACGGGAACGCGUGUUUUCCGCAUCUCCGCUCGCUUUCGCCCGGUACACUCGGUCCCCGUGACGAGACGGUCGACUUUCGAUUUGCGCCCCGUUUACGCCGCGAAUAAGAGAUAUUAGGCGUCCACCAUGGGUAAGGGAAAUAAUAUGAUCCCAAAUGGCCAUUUCCAUAAGGAUUGGCAACGAUACGUCAAGACCUGGUUCAACCAGCCAGCGAGGAAGAUCCGUCGCAAGCAGAAACGUCUCAAAAAGGCGCGCGCUGUCGCCCCUAGGCCUGUAAACCUUUUGAGACCUAUCGUGCAUUGCCCGACAUUCCGCUACCACACCAAGGUCCGCGCCGGCAAGGGUUUCACGCUCGCCGAACUGAAAGCUAGCGGUCUGAACAGGAGAUUCGCUAGAACAAUCGGAAUCGCGGUCGAUCCCCGCCGUCGCAACAAGUCCAUCGAGUCUCUGCAGACGAAUGCUCAGCGCCUGAAGGAGUACAAGGCUAAGUUGAUCCUGUUCCCCGUGAAUGAGAAGAAGCUCAAGAAGGGUGACGCGACUGAGGAGGAGAGGAAGCUUGCGGUUCAGAUCAAGGGAGACCCCAUGCCCAUUCGACAUCAAGCGCUCGCCAAGGCGAAGGCCCGUCGCAUCGCCCCGGACGAGACCAAAUUGUCGGCAUACGUAACCCUCCGCAAGGCACGAGCUGACGCGCGAUUAGUCGGCAUUCGUGCGAAGCGCGUUAAGGACGCGUCAGAGAAUCCCGACGAGGUUACUAAAGUCGCGAAGGAUAAGAAAGCCAAGAAGUAAUUCUUUAUACAUAUGACAUCGUUUUUCUUUAUGUAUAUACAAAAAUAAAACUUUCCUCCAGUGGAGAAUAAAUUGCCGUUUCCCCUGG